CGGCGCCUGAGCGACCUGCGAGUGAUCGACCUGCGGGCCGAGCUGAAGCGCCGCAACCUGGACAGCGGCGGCAACAAGAGCGUCCUCCUCGAGCGGCUGCGCAGCGCCAUUGAAGAAGAAGGAGGAAAUCCUGAUGAAAUUCCCAUGGCCUCAGAGAUCACUAGCAAGAGAACCCCCAAAAGAUCUAUGAAAGGACGUAAAUCAGAAGAAGAAGGGGGUGAGGACAAUGGAUUGGAAGAGAAUUCAAGAGAUGGACAGGAGGAUAUUGAAGCAAGCUCAGAUAACUUGCAGGAUAUUGACAUGAUGGACAUUAGUGUGUUGGAUGAAGCUGAAAUAGAUAACAGCAGCGCUGUGGACUGUGGAGAUGACUACCGGUCUGAAAACAUUCUGGACUCUGACAAAGACAAUAUUGAUGUGGAAAUGAAAGAACUUCCAGAGCAGCUGAUGGAAAGUGAGGAGAAUGGUGAAGAACUUGAUGACCAGCUAGAUGCUGCUUCACCUGACUUGGCUGAAGUGAAGGUAACCAACUGGAACUCCUCUCAUGGGCUUGGGAGAUGGGCUACAACCAUUCAGCCAGCAACUUUUUUUUUAAUGGUUCAAGUUAACUUGUUUUCUGGCCUUGCCUCCCAAGCCAAGCCAAAAAUUCUUUAGCCUCUCUCUCUCCCAGAACAAAGAGCAGUUGCGUUGGGUGUCUCUGAUCAGUGGGGCACAGUAAUCUGUCAUACAGUUUGCAGUUGACAAGUAUGGGGUGGUUUUGCUUUCCUUGCCCACUGUUUCUCCUUUUUGAGGAGUUGUGCUGCUGGAAUUCUAUUUUACGGGGUCCAGACAGACAAGUACACUAACGCUCCUUCACACAGUUCAGAUUUCAACCCUACUGGUUAUGGAAAUAGGUUUUAAUACCAUGAAACUGGAAUUUUGGGGGCUGAGGAGACAGUUAAUCUAUUCAUAAAAAACUCCCUGAACCCGCAGCUGCUUCUUUGGGCCAGAUAGGUAAAAGAGCUUUCUUAUGGCAGACAUUUGCAGAAUUUCAUUUUCAAUAAAUCAUUAUGCCAUUU